AUGAGCAAUACGAAUUCAGCUCGGACAGAGAGUCCCGCAGAAAGAUAUAUCUACCCCGCAGAGCGGUCGCGUCAUCUCGCAACAAUCUUAGGGUUCCCGUCUAAAUGCUCCAUCGCCUCGACCUACUAUUCGGACGCCUGUCAGGAGAUUAUCAAUCUGGCGAUAGCCAUAUCUUCUUUCGAGCCUGUCCGCCUAUAUACGAGACCCGAAGAUGUCCCAAAGGCACAGUCAAUGAUUGAUAAAUACGCCGUGACGCUGCCACACACGUCAAAUGUGAAUGUUAUUCCCAUGCGUACAAAUCACCUUUGGGUGCGAGAUACCGGCCCGGUUUACGUGCGCAGUUCCAGCAAUAACUUCUCUUCGCAACGUUAUGCCAUCAAUUUUCGAUUCAGCGAAUGGGGCAAAAAGGACGAGAUCAAUGAGCAUGACCGUGCGACAGACGGACUGGAAUGGCCCCUCAUGACACCAGAGCAGUUGGAAGAAAACGCCACCUUCGCCCAACGAAUCGCCGCACACGAUAUCUUGCCCUCACCAGUCAUGCAGAUUGACUCUAAGAUUCGUCUAGAAGGGGGUGCCCUAGUUUUUGACGGCGAAGGAACCCUUCUCGCCACGGAAAGCAGUAUCCUCAACGAGAACCGUAACCCGGAUUUGUCCCGCGCCGAGGUCGAGGCCGAACUGAGCCGUCUUCUCGGUGUUGAGAAGAUCAUCUGGUUCCCCGGCCGACGGAAUCUAGAUGUAACAGAUGUCCAUGCCGACGCUGAGGUCAAUUUUGUUCGGCCGAGUGUGGUCGUGCUGUCGCGACCUCAUCGCAGCGCUCCUCGGCCGUGGAUGGAAAUCCAUGAGGAAAUUCUGGACAUACUUCAGCGUGAAGUAGACGCGAAAGGACGUCGCUUUGAGAUUCAUAUCAUUGAUGAACCGGACCCGAACUGUCUUUCGAGGUUGUUGACGUGUGACGAGCCAGCAACCAACUAUGUCAAUUUCUACUUCUGUAACGGCGGUCUUAUUCUUCCACAGUUUGGGGACCCAGUGCGAGAUAAAGCCGCACUGGAGACAAUGCAGAUGUUAUGUCAAGAUCGCAAAGUUUGCCCGCUGCAAGUGCAGGCUCUGCCGCUGGCCGGUGGGGUGAUUCACUGUUCGACGCAACCGGUUAUUGACGUCGCGGAUAGAUGA